UUGAGAAUAUAAGACUGUUGAUUGAAGUGGAGGAAAAUAAUAACAAUGUAGUAACUUGCAGGCUGAAAAUUGUAUUACAUAAUGAAAGACAGUGGAUUAUCAGACCGUAAUUAUAAUGUCUAGAGAGCACGAACCCGAAGAUGACAUAGACAUAUACGGGGAUAUACCGAACUUUCCAAGUUUCGCAGAUACCGUAAAAGAGCUUCAAGAAAGAAGGAAAGUACUUGAAGAUGAAGUGGCACAAUUGAAGGAGAAGUUGAAGGGAGUUACAGCUGAGAAAAAUGAACUGGAUUCCAAGAACAGAUCCCUUGGUUUAAAUAUAUCAUGUCUCUAUAAAACUGCAACUGCAGAGAUUGGGCGGAAAGAUAGACUGAUAGCUGAACUUAGAAGAGAAAAAGAUAACAUUAUUUUUCGAAGAGUGAAGAAUGUUACCACCACAGAAAGUGACCAUAAAUCAGAAAAACCUGGCAAUCAUCAGUACCAUCAAGAUACAAGUGAACAGACUGAUCAUCCUGCUGCAGAAAUUGAGCAGAAGGAAUCAGGUUAUGCAGAUGCCGACAACAGGAUUUCACAGGAGUUAACAUCCUACAAGGAUCUUCCACCAGAAAGUACUUGCACAGUGUUCAGCAGAAGGCGACUGAACAUCAUUCCUGAGAACAAGUUAACCAGUUUAGAAAAGUCAAGAGAAUAUGCUAAUCGGGAACCAGCAACUUCGUGCAGUUUAAUUCCUGUCUCAGUUACUGAACCACAUAAAGACAUAAGUGAAAAAGUGCACCACAAUUCUGCUUAUUUAAGUAAAGAUAUUGACUCUGUUUCGCAAAAUGAGGUAACUAGAAGCGUGAGCAACUCGGAAAAUGGUAGUAAAUUACCCAAUACAAGAGAUACACUUCAUUCUGAAAUCAAAUCUGAGAGCGUGCAUGUGAAAACAAAGAAACGCAAUAUUGAUAGUUCCAAACAUACCUCACAUACACAUACUGUGUCACCAGUUCCUGUAUCUAGACACUUUCCGCAAAGGGAUGAAGACAAAUCAUAUUCAAAAUAUAAAGCAAAAAUGUACUUGCAAUCUGAGAACUACAGAUCAAGAACACAUUGCAUAAAAGUUUCUUCAUAUCCCCACUUACAUUCAGAACGAUGGGAGUCAUAUAAGAUACCAAGAAAAAUAUAUGAUACCAGUGUAUCUUGUGCUCCUAGAAGCUUGGGAUCAAGAUCUAGAUCUGUUUCCCAGUCCAGGAUUGUACCACGAUCUGUACAGACCAUUGCAAGGGGAAGGUACAAUGGCACAGAAACAUCAGACAAGCACACAGAUCGUGCAUUAAAACUGGCUGACAGUGAUCCAUCUUUAUACUACCUGAAAACACAAUUACCAGAAGACACACAAUUCGAAACUUCAAGGAAUAUCAGUUUUAAACCUCAAAAUAAAUCCAUGCAGGACAGUGAACUAAAUUCUAUAACAGAAGCUUCAAAUGCUGAAUUAGAGUGUUCUUUAAAAAUUCCAAAGACUGGCCCUGGAGCAAAGAUGCAAAUGUCACCUUGUGCAACUGGAUUUACCGCUGUGUCAAACCUGUCUGAACACAAUAGUUUCAAACGUUCAAGAAGAGCUAAAAUUGUAAAACUGUCAAAAUCUGAAACCAAGCCUAUGGAAGUAACAGACUCUGAUUUGGUUAUAAACACAAACAGCAAAUUAUCCAGUGAACAUAAUCAAAGUGGAGGGACAAAGGGACCUCUUGAAAGUAAAGAGACAGAAGAAUCUCACCCCCCAGGCUCUACGAGACAAGUACUGGAAGAUAUAACAGGGAAAGAAAAGAGUACAGAACAUAAACAAAAGUACAGUGGUACAACAAAAGAACAACCCAGUUCAGGGUCAGUACAUGAAAACAUACUGAAAAAGAACACAGUUCCCAAAGAUGAAAACAAUGGCAUUCAGAAUGUGAAUUCUGCUGUGCUCAAAGAAAAAAACAGAGCCGAAGAACCAAAAGAAGAAAUAGGAUCCGAAAAUAUUAAACUGGAUAACAAAGAAAGUACUGAUAAGCAACCUACCACGGAAAAUAAAGUUAAGGAAACAAGUGGCAACCUAAGAAUCAAAUCUGAUUGUCCAAAUGUGAAUGAAAGAAACAAAAAUGUUAACAUAAAAGACGCUGAUCAGCAGUAUGGUGGACAUAUUAAAUUCAUACCUGACAGGCCAUUCGAUACAAAGAGAAAGAGUUUGGGCUCAUUUAGGCCACAAUAUAUCUCGCAGAGAUACAAUGACCCGUCUUCCACGCAAAUCACAUUUAAUAGUCACUGUAAACGACGAAGCCCUUCAGAACUUCUGAAAAAAGACAGAACAGGAAGGACAGUAAGUAAUCACAAUGAGAAGGCCAGAACUACACGAUCAAGGAGCAGGAGUUUUGAAGAUGGAACAGGCAUAUAUAGAGAAACAAAAAGAUAUAAAAUGACAGACAGUGCUGAUGGAACAGGUGUAAGAUAUGAAGACAGUUCUGGAUCAGGAAAUAAAAGCAUAAUCUCAAGGGAUGAAAAUAAGAAGUCACACAGUUCUCAGAACUACAAGGCAGAGAAAGGAAAGCAUGAUGUGGAAACUGAUAGCCUGAAACAGAACAAGACAAGUUUCCAAGGAGAAGAUUCCAGUAGAAACAUUCAGAACAUAUGCUUGUUAAACACUAACACAAGUAACAGUGUUAUAAACUCGAGACUACAUGAUGACUGUAGUGGUCAAAUGAAACCGGUGAGAAGAAUGAACAGUUCUAUAGUGACUACCACAAACGAUAAAGAGGGAAAGGAAAAGAAUUCAGCUGAAGUAGAACAGACAGAACAGAUAACUACAAAAGAAAGUGGAAAAGACGAAGGACACAAUAAAAUCUUUCAGAAGGAAAACUUGUUAGAAUGUAGCGCAGAAGACAAUUCAAUGGAUGGUUACUCUUCACUGGAAGAUAUGGAAGAUAUCCCACCAGACAGAGUAACUAAAACACAAAAAUCUGUCUGUAUGGAAUGGCAGCAGCAUGGAUCAUCCAAACCGCCUGUUACUGAACCAUCAGCCUGUGGUGAAAUAAUUAAAACUUGUGCCCCAGAAAAUAGUUUGUAUUCUCUUUCUACAAGUUCAUCAGCUGGGAAUGUAGAAUUAAGAGACAGAAACUGUGAGGCAGGUGCAGAUGUAUCAGCUGACAGUCAUGAUGAAAUGUGCAUAAAGAAAAUAAAUAAUGGACUCUCCAAGAAUGGAAGGAAGAAAUCAAGCAAUUCUCAUAAUGCUGAAGUGUCUGGGAAAAACAAUGUAAUAAAUGUUGCUAAAAACCAAGGAAAGAAAAUCAGUAACAGAAAAAAAGCUAAAUCAGGCAGACAUGUAAACAGGAGCUUGCCUGAUACUAAUAAAGAAGACAGUAUUGUGAAAUCAAAAAUAAACAGUUGUUUCAGAAAUCCGAUAGGAUCUACAGCAAAAGGAAUGGAGGAUGUCAUUAAAAUUGCAGUAAAGGAAGUGAAGUAAAGAUCUGAAUGUAAAGACU